UUAGCAGGCUUGUUCCUUACCACCCCACCCCCAAAAGAGAUAAAAACUGGUUAUUUGAUCAUUAUUCACCUGUUAAAAAUCAGCAUUUGUAUUAUAAAUUUUAAUAAUCAAAGGGGUCAAAUACAGUAAACAUUCAUUCAGAAACAAUUAUGUCAGGCACUUUACAUGUUCUCUCUCUCGGCUAUGACAGUCUGUCUUUUCUCCAAAUACUGUAAAUAGCUAUGUGUGAAAAUAUAGAUGAAUUAAAUUAUAGCUUCUUUUAAAAACUGUAAGUAGUAUGUUAUUUUGCUUUUAGUAUCUUUCAUUGUAGUUAACUGUAGAAAUCUAUUUCACGAAAUGUGAUGAGUUUCCUUCCCCCUUCCUUAAUUGUAGGGGAAAAAGUGUUUCUUCUGGUUGCUAAUGUGAAUUGUGGACUACAGAUACACAGAGAAAACAGAUUGUAUAAACACAAAUAUUUUCACCAGGAUCUAAAGACUUAAGCUCUUCAGGCUUGUCUGGAUUUUUCUGGAAAAAAGAAUCUGUGAAAUUAUGUGAAUAGUGACUUCUUUCAAAACCAUGGGGGAAAGAGAAAGAAGUCCAGAUACUGACCAAGAAAGUAAGGCAGACAAACAGCAUUACUGUUAUUGUUCAUCUGAUUUUGAAACUACACCACAUUCUUCUGGCCGGUCAUCGCUGGUCAAUCCCUCCUUACCUACAAGUAUUAAGGAAAAAAAUGCUAAAAAACAAAUUUCAGAUAGCCAAGUGCAUCACCAAGCCUCUAGGAAACGAAGUCCUAAGCGUUCACCAAACAGAAAGGGAGUCCGAGUGGGAUGUCGCUCCCAGAGCCUCAGUAGGGAGCCACCUCGGAAAGAUACUGAUCUCAUUACAAAACGGGUUCUUUCUACAAGACUGCUAAAAAUCAAUGACUUGCAGAACGAAGUAACUGAACUCCAGGUCAAGUUAGCUGAGCAGCUAAAAGAAAAUAAGGCUUUGAAAAGGCUUCAAUACAGACAGGAGAAAGCCCUGAAUAAGUUUGAAGAUACAGAAAAUGAAAUCUCACAGCUUAUUGCUCGUCAUAACAAUGAGAUUACAGCACUCAAAGAACGCUUAAGAAAAUCUCAAGAGAAAGAACGGACAACUGAGAAAAAGAUGAAAGAUACAGAAUGUGAACUCUAUAGGACAAAAUUUUCCUUACAAAAACUGAAAAAGAUCUCUGAAGCUAGACACCUACCUGAACGAGAUGAUUUGGCAAAGAAACUAGUCGCAGCAGAGUUAAAAUUAGAUGAUACUGAGAGAAGAAUUAAGGAACUAUCAAAAAACCUUGAACUGAGUAAUAACAGCUUCCAACGACAGUUGCUUGCUGAAAGGAAAAGGGCAUAUGAUGCUCAUGAUGAAAAUAAAGUGCUUCAAAAGGAGAUACAACAACUGUAUUACAAAUUAAAGGAAAAGGAGAGAGAACUGGAUAUAAAAAACAUAUAUUCUAAUCGUCUACCAAAGUCUUCUCCAAAGAAAGAAAAAGAACAUACAUCAAGAAAAAAUGCUGCUUGCCAGACUGAUAAUACAUACCAGUGUACAAAAGGAGUACAAACCAGUGAAGACUUCAACAUAGAAGAAUUUCCUAUUACACCACAAACAGUUAUGUGUUAUGAAAACAAAUGGGAGCCUGAACGUCUGUCUUUGGACCUGAAAUCUCAUGGGAGAGAUGAGCAUGAAGAAGCAGGGAUUCUAACCCCAGUUGUGGAAAGAGAAGAAAAUUUUGUUAAAGCUCAUGGAAUCCAUGUUAUAAAACAAGAGACUGAGAAGCUGGAAGAUGAUGAAUGGGAAAGAGAAGAACCUGCAAAAAAGCAAAAAGUAAAGACAUCUAUGCUGGAGAGAGAAGAAAAGCCAGCAUUGGAAACUGGAAGAUACCAAGUAGAAGUGUACCAAAUUCAAAAUAUUGAUAUAUUGGCAGAAGAGGAAGAAGAAAGACUGAAGAGAGAACUGCUACUUGCUAAACUGAAUGAAAUCAGCAGAGAACAAGAUUCUCAGAAUCUCAAAUGUCCUCCUCUGCCGUUGCUCCCUAAUUUGGAAUCUAAACUGCGCUCCCCAAAGAGAAGCCCCAAAACAUACAUGUUCUCUGAAUCCUCAGAGAGAUUAGUUAAUGGGCAUCACUUGCAAGACAUCAGUCUUUCAACUUCAAAAGGAGAUGGUCAGAAUCCAGGGAGUAGCAGAAGCCCAGUCUCUCCAAAUGAGCUUGUAUUUGGCAGCUACGUGCCUUCAUUUGCAAAAAAUUCAAGGAAGUCAAGUCCACUUAGCGAAAAAAGUUGCCUUUUGGAUUUCCAAAGAAACGGUAUAGAGAAAUUUGGCAAAGACAAUGCAGAUUUAACUACAAGAAAAGAGAAAAAAGCUAAUCUGAUGGAACAGCUAUUUGGUGCCAGUGCCAGCAGCACCAUUUCCUCUAAAAGCAGUCGCCAGAAUUCUCUGGCUGCCAACAAAGGAGACUUUGACCCUUUAAAUGUUCGCCCUGGGGACAGAAGCAGCAGGGGUAGACAACGUGAAGACGAUGACUUUUUCCUCAGCGAAGGAAGAAGUUUUAAUCCAAGCAGACACAGAUUAAAAAAGGCAAACCAAAAAGCCACAGGACAAGCAGUUGAUUCUGUAGAAGAUGAAAUUGAGGAUGUAGGACUGAGAUGACUGACUAGAGUAUAUAUUUUUUUCCAAUUGUAAAUAUUAUAUUUUAAUACAGUAUAUAUUAUCAACAUGUAGACUUUUUAAUAUUGAAAAGUCCUUAUUAAAGAAUGAUUUUAAUAGAAAAAUACAGUAAAAAUAAAAAUAGAGUCACACCACGUAGCUAGUUUGCCAAGAAUGAAGGAGGCUCUUUUGAGUGAAACCAAAAAUAGAGAUAUAUCUUACUUAGUGUUACUUUAUUUACACAUAGGUUUUACCUCUUAAAUCAGCUCUAUGGGAGGUUUCACUCCAGUGGAGUUCACUUUCUGUUUUUAAUCCCUAUUUAUUUAUUUGUACUUAGCUCAAUGAGGAUAUGACCCAAAUAGCCUUCCUGCUGAUUACUGAACGUAAAUUAAGGGUGAGAAACUCUGUGUUGGGAAGUGUAACUCCAGAUGGGUGCUACUUUGAACCAGAUCUUCAAUGGGUCAGGGUGGAGGUCCCUUCCUUACAGGGCAAGGCUGAGCUACUUUUAAGUGGAAGCAGUCACCACAUUGGGAUUUCCUAUCCUUUGGAAGGAACCAGAGUUAAGUGCUACUCAUUUCUUAAUUACAAGUCUCAUUAAAUUACCUACAACUGUGCUAACAUACUGGUUGAAUUCAGAAGACAUUUAUUUGUUUACAUGGAUAAUUCUUCUGACACGGCUCCCAGUGUAAUCAGUAAUUCCUCUCCUUGUUCUUUUAUACUUUGAGAAUCUUCCAACAUAGAAAGAUUUUCAGUUUAAUUUUGUUUCCAAAGUAACAUAACUUGGAAAUUUUAAUAUAUACUAUUAAGAUUUGAACUUACUGUCAAACUAAAAAGACAAUGAUAGUGUAAGACUAUUGUACUUACAGGACUAAUUUUAAAGCAAACUUGGUUAAAGGUAUUUUAGAAAUGGGGUUUCUCCCUUGCAGUGUAGGGUGGAUAUUUUUCUGUUGAAAUGCAUUUGCAUUAGUUUUCUGCUCUUUGUAGCUCACUUUUUCUGCAAAGGACUUUAUGACCUUGGAUUAUGCUGGAUAUGAUUGGUCUUUAAGUAGCAGUAAUACAGUACCAACCAAGGAGAGUUUUCUGUUAACUGUUUAAAUAGAGAGUGGUAGAAAUAGUGUAUCAGGGGAAGAAUAAAAAAAUGUAGGUUGGCACUUAUUCUAAAGUGAGCUGGUUUUGUUUUUAUUUUUCCCCUCAAUAUGAUUUCUAAUGGCAAGCACACAUACUGAUGAGGUCACAAGUGUUACUCUUUUGGGUUCUUAUAAAAUGCUUAUUAUUGAAUAUAAUUUCAUAACUAUUUGACAAGACUUACCUGGUUACGUCUCUAAUUAAAAGAUGUACCAGCUAUCUUUUAAAUUGUGUUCCUGGGCAUUGAAUUUAUUGGGAAUUGAAUCUCCCAAAAGUGCUAAAUUAUAUUUUUUAAUAUUUUAAUAGAUUUUUUAUAUCUGAUACAAAUAAGAAUUUAGUAUUACAGAUCAUUCUAAUAUAUGUAAACCACAAUAUUGUAAUGCAGUUCUUGGUAAAAUAUUAUGUAAUGUUAAUUUUGUUCAUAGUUGCUAGUUUUUCUGCUAAAAGUAUUCUCAUAUUUAGGUUGUUUUGUCUUAUAAGGUUUUUAAAAAGCCUUUUGGUGAAGUUUUAUAUUCAGGUCAUUUUAAUUACUCUCUUACUUUUCUCAGCCUGAUGUUUUCUAGGCUCUUUAACCAGAUGCAACAAGACAGAAUUAUUAAAUUUAAACCUAAAAUUAAGUCAUAGACUUAGAAGCAUUAUGGUGUAAAGCAUUAAAAUUGGAGAUUAAAAUGUACAGAACAGGUUUUUCUUAAUGAGCAAACCUUAGAGAGUAAAUCAUUUUUUUCUAAAUGUCAAGUUAAGUUAUUUGUACUCAGAAUGUUUACUAAUAAAAGUUAAAAACACA